UCUCUAGAGUUUCCGUCAAAUUUUGUCUCUCUUUCCGAAGUGGGGAGCCGGUUCGUAUGGUAGUUUGUACUUUGUUGUCAAUUUAUUCUUUAUUUUCUCCAGCAAUGGCAGCAAACAAGGAGCGUACCUUUAUUAUGGUCAAGCCCGAUGGCGUACAUAGAGGACUAGUAGGAAAAAUCAUUAAACGAUUUGAAACUAAAGGAUUUAAGCUCGUUGCACUGAAAUUUACCUGGCCUACUGAAGAACUAUUGAAGAAACACUAUGCUGACUUAUCCAGCAAGCCAUUUUUCCCUGGUUUAGUGAAGUACAUGUCUUCUGGACCUGUUGUUCCAAUGGUGUGGGAAGGCCUUAAUGUAGUGAAGACUGGAAGAUUCCUAUUGGGAACCACAAACCCUCAGGACUCCAACCCUGGUACAAUCAGAGGCGACUACUGCAUUCAGACUGGCAGGUUGGUUGUUAAUAGUUUGUUACAUGUAGACUUUUUAUUUUGAAUAUGGUACAGUCUU